UAAGGUCGAAGAUACGGUUGGGGAGUCGAAGCUUGGCUUUGUCCGAGAUUAUUUGCGAAGAAAUCGAAGUUUGCUUUGGGGAAAAGUUUCAAAAAUGCUAGCAGCUCCGGUAGCUUCGCCUACAAACUUUGAAAGAAGAAGCGUUUCAGCGUCUCAAGCCUCUCUGAGUCGAACAGGUUUGUGAGUUUAUUUAUACUUCAUAAAGUUCUAAAGUUAUCAUCGAGUGGCUGCUAGCUGUCAACUGCCCUUUGUAUUAGACUUGAGAAAUAGCUUUCUAGAAGGGUUUGAAGUCGGCGAAAUGCUUUCAAUAUUGCUAGUACAUUGUGCGAAUAUACAAGCCUUAUACGGCCACCGUGUUUAUAUUUAAAACAGUCGUCUAGCAAACUUAGCAACGAUAAGAACGGUGAAGACUUUUAUACAACGAUGCCAAAAUGUUUGCUAAAUAUGAUUGUCGUGGAUUAAUAUCGCGGCUUGUUGUCGCCUGUGUUAGCAGUCGAAUACUGUCGAAAUAAGAGUGGUGUAAUCGCUUCUAAGCUUGUCGAAAUACACAAUACAGAGCCAUUCAGCCAACGGCAAAAUAUUCGAGUCGAUUGCCUUGACAAAAUUUAGCAACUUUGAGCUUGGCAAAACAUGUAGCAAUUAUAGACGUGGAUAAAUCACCGAAAAGCCUUUCGAUUUUUUUCAAAAGUAACCUCGAGGCACGUUCGUGUCACGUACUACGUUUCGUUGAUAAAAUCUAGCCCUUAAUAUCCCAGUGUGACGGCAAAUUUUCACACGUAAACACGUCUGGAAUCGCUUGGGCUUUACCCGACGUCGGAAGCUUCGCAUUCUCAGCAAAUUGAUACAUCCCAUUACAUUCAUUGUAACGAUUAGUUCAAUUUCUAGAAGUAUUUCGAAACGCGUUGCUUUUUUAUGCUGCUUUCUCAGGGGGGAAAAGCAUUGAUUUGUGCAUGGGAAAUUCACAGAUCUUUCAUGCUUUUAAAUAUUUAUCAAGGAUGCUUACUUUUAAUGACUCGAAUCCUUUCGGCUUUCCGCCCAAAUGUCUAUGUAAAUAAAUAAAGGCGGUGGAAUUACCCGAACAAAAUACGCUCUAGAAAGCGUUCAUAAGUGCUUAUUGUGACGCUGGGGUGAAAAAGAUUUUUGUCUACGAAGAUUGAUUAGCGUGCGUUUUUUCUGACCUCAUAUUUUACAGGUCAAGGAAUAAAUACAGUGAGUCACUUCAGUCCGAAGACGAGUUGACUCUGAAGAUAGCAAUUUCAGUAAUUUGAAUAUUUGGCUAUUGUGUUGUAAAGCAAGGUCAAUUUUGCUUUUCAUAUGCUAAGAUAGGACGCUGUUUUUUGAGGACGAAAUUCAAGUGGGUUAUGACUUAUGGCUUGUUAAACACAGCAAAAUAAAUAUCAAAUUUUGGGAAUCUUACCGUGUUCAUAUUUGCAUUUUUUCGCAACCCUUCCGUUUAUACCUUCUGCUAGAAAUUUCUUCGCGGAAAAGCUCUCGAAUUUCAAGAAUCGAGGAGAGCUUAUUUUAAUAUGGUGUCACAAGGAAUACACGUCGGCGUUUCUGGGCGGAGAGUUUACAAAAUAUGAAUCUUUAUUCGCUUGGCAACGAUUUCCGAUUGAAAUAAUCAUCUUUCAUCCUUUCAUAAAGUUAGUUUAGUUUCGGUUUCCUUCUGUAGUAACUAACACUGGAUCAAUAAGAGAUGAUCCUUACUGAAUACUGGACCUCUAGGAAGAACAGUUUAGAACUGAUAGUCGAUAGAGCUAUCCAGUAAUGUAUAAAUAAAGUUAGGUUUAGUUUAGGUUUCCUCCUGUAGUAACACUGGACCAACAAGUGAUGAUCCUUACUGGACCUCUAGGAAGAACAGUUUAAAACUGUUAGAGCUCUUUAGAUUUCCUCCUGUUGUAACACUGGAUGAACAAGGAAUGCGGGGCUUAGCUUGGCUAUCUUCCCCCAGGCUAUUCAAACUUAGUCAAAGUAAGACGCGGCUUGGCCUCGCGGUCUUUCAAAUUUUGAUGCAGAUUUUUCGAGUAGAUAAAAAGCCCGCAGUGUAAUCUGGCUUGGCGUUUAUUUGCUUUGCUGUGAUACCCGCAAAUUACUGCACGAUAAUUAGCUGCCGAUAAUGAGUAAAUUUCCUAAAAGUUUGUAAAUAAACAGACCUUCUACAAACGAGUAAAUUCAAUUUCCCGUGCUAACUUGUGUUGUAUGAGUGGUUUACUAGUAAAUGGUGCUAAUGAUUCCCUUACAAGUUUCUACUGGUAUUUCAAUUUUAAUCUUUGUUAUGGAUUAUGUAUUAAAACGUAAUAUCACUAAUAUGUAUAUACAUAAUCUGGUUUAAUUCUAUAACUAGCCAAACUAGCCACGAGUUUCGAUAACUAGAUUUAUUAUUUACAAGUGCCCCGUCGCGACAAACUUUCAUAUUUAUCCGUAGUCCCAGACACGAAGUAAAAAAAAAACAUUGUUGGUCGUAAAAAACACAGCUAUUGUGAGUAUUGGUAUUAAAAUCCUGUACAUUUAUUCAUACAUGGUCAAGUAUUCCAAAUUUUACGCAUCAUUUCAUGCGAUAAGUGCACAUGAAAUGCAAGGUUUAUUUUUAGAGAUAAUUAUGAAAUUAUGGAUGAGCAAAAAACAUUGCUAAGACGGCUUUUUGUCUCUGUGCUUCGCUAUGUGCAGAAAUUACAAUAUUUCAAUAACUAGUUAAAGUGCUGUGGUUUGUGUCUGAACUACCUGAAAAAGAUAUCUCAAAUGUGGUGGUCCAGUGUAGGUAGUAUUAAAGCUGAACUACCUGAAAAAGAUAUCUCAAACGUGAUGGUCCAGUGUAGGUAGUAUUCUACAAUAAGCUGUCGUGGUUUGUGUCUGAACUACCUGAAAAAGAUAUCUCAAACGUGGUGGUCCAGUGUAGGUAAUAUUCUACAAUAAGCUGUCGUGGUUUGUGUCUGAACUACCUGAAAAAGAUAUCUCAAACGUGGUGGUCCAGUGUAGGUAGUAUUUUACAAUAAGCUGCCGUGGUUUGUGUCUGAACUACCUGAAAAAAGAAAUCUCAAACGCGGUGGUCCAGUGUAGGUAGUAUUCUACAAUAAGCUGUCGUGGUUUGUGUCUGAACUACCUGAAAAAGAUAUCUCAAACGUGGUGGUCCAGUGUAGGUAGUAUUCUACAAUAAGCUGUCGUGGUUUGUGUCUGAACUACCUGAAAGAUAUCUCAAAGGUGGUGGUCCAGUGUAUAGCCGUAGGUCUUUGUGCUCAGUCUGUCGUGGUUUAUGUCUGAAGUACCUGAAAAAGCUAGAUUAAACACUUUAAAGAUUAGUAAAUUUUAUAUCAGCUUCAGUUGAAGAAAAAUAUUUGUUUUGUUAAGUUUUUUUUGACUCUUAAACAAGCGGGACUCUUUGUUGAGAAUUCUUACGCCACAGGGCUACUGUUUAGCGUAAUUUGGCGCCAUUAAGGGUCAUUAAAGUCAAUUUGUCAUGUGUCAAAAAUGGGGCGCCCUUUAAUAUCUUUCAGCUGUGCUAGGGAUGUUUUGAUUUAGAUUUCGGACGAUUUUUUGCGUUGGAAAAUCAUUUGCAUACUCGUGAAUUUUUGCGUGGGAAGUGCAUUCUAUAAGACAUUGGCAAACAAUCAUCUAGUUCUCUUCCCAUUAUCUCUAUUUAUUCAAAUUUUAAACGUUAGCUCAUGAAUAAACUAUGCCAUACUCGAUGUCUGGGACACGCCUUGUUCCUUUGUUAUUGUAUUAUCUCGUUAGCAUCAGUGUUCUAGUUGUUUGUUUGUUUGUUUGUUUGUUUGUUUGUUUGUUUGUUUGUUUGUUUGUUUGUUACAAGGUUUGUUUGGGUCAACCUCGUAGUGGUGGAAAGACCUGGGUACGAGGUUUGUUUGUUUGUUUGUUUGUUUGUUUGUUUGUUUGUUUGUUUGUUUGUUUGUUUGUUUGUUUGUUUGUUUGUUUGUUUGUUUGUUUGUUUGUUAGUUUGUUUGUUUGUUUGUUUGUUAGUUUGUUGUUGUUAAUUUGUUUGUUAGUUUGUUUGUUUUUUGUUUAAUUGUUUAGUCGGUUUGUUUUGUUUGUUUGGUUUGUUUUGUUUUGUUUUGUUUUGUUUUGGUUUGGUUUGGUUUGGUUUGGUUUGUUUUGGUUUGUUUUGUUUUGGUUUGGUUUGUUUUGGUUUGGUUUGUUUUGGUUUGUUUUGGUUUGUUUUGGUUUGGUUUGUUUUGGUUUGUUUUGGUUUGUUUUGGUUUGUUUUGGUUUGUUUUGGUUUGUUUUGUUUUGUUUUGUUUUGUUUUGUUUUGUUUUGUUUUGUUUUGUUUUGUUUUGUUUUGUUUGUUUGUUUGUUAGCCAGUUUGUCAGUUAAUUUAGCUGGUAACCUAAUUCUAACUGGUCCGUAUUAUGGCUUGAGUAAACACUUCAAAAAUUAGUAAAUUUAUCAGCUUCAGUUAAAAGAAAAACAUUUGUUUUGUUAAUGUUUUAGCAUGACUCUUAAACGAGCGGGAACCUUUGUUGAUAAUAGAAUGCAGAUUUAGAUCGCGGACGUCAAAGACGACGUAACAAUGGCGUGUUGUGCCCGUGUAUGGAUAUGCAACGCAAUUUUCACGUCGUCUUUGACGUCCGCGUCCUCGAUCUAAAUCUGUAUAAUUCUUAUGCCACAGGGCUACAGUUUAGCAUGAUUUGGGGUCAAUUAUUUCCAAUCCUUGCAUUCUAACUUCAUUGACCAGGUUCACUUGGUGGAACUCUAAAGCGUGGUGCUUCAUUACGUCACGAGCCUCGGCCGUACGUUUCGAGAAAUCCCAUCAAGGAAGAAGAUCUCGAUGUGAUACUGGGCUGGGAAACAGAUACGGGCAGUGACAAAUGGCAGAAAAUCAAAAGUGUUCGUGAAGGAACGGUUUGGAAGAAAGAGAUGGUAGAAGAUGGGACGUGGGUCUUGAAGGUAAGACUAGAUUUCCUGGAAAACGAUACAUGUAAGGAUGGCUCGGAAUGUGUUAUAGUCAUUAUAGUAUUUAGAUAUGUAAUUUAUAUUGUGACGAAGUUUAUAAAAUUAAAAAAUUAAAAAAAAAUUAAGAUUUGGAACAUGCUUGAAUAUUAACGUUUCUUCACAUUCAUUUAAUAUUUAAUUCUGAAUAUUACAGGUAAACUACGUGAAGCGUUCCUCUUUUGAAUUUUUCCUCAUUACGUUUGCAAUUUAAAAAACUCCCUUGCAAACCCUUGAGGAAAUUUGCAAUGUUGCUAAAAGCCAAUAAAAUUUUCCUCGGUUCCUGUUAGAAAUUCUUAACUUCCUGUUACAAGUUUCUAACUUCCUGUUCUGUUCUGGGCGUUGCAAUUGGCUAACAAAAAUAAUCGACGAAUAACAACGCUCAGAACAGAACAGGAAGUUAGGAAAUUAACACAGGAAGUUAGGAAAAUUUAAAAUGAAGUUUGGAAUAUUGCAACAGCCGAUAGGAACGUUGCAAAUUCCCUCAAGGGAUUUGCAAAGAUUUUUUCAAAUUUGCAAAGCUAAUGAGGAAAAUUCCAAAUGAGUUACGAAGUCAAAAGAGGAACGCUUCACGUAGUUUACCUGUAAACGUUUCUUCACAUUCAUUUAAUAUUUAAUUCUGAAUAUUAAACGUUUCUUCACAUUCAUUUAAUAUUUAAUUCUGUUGCUUUUAUAGGCUGAACUUACUGCUGAAAGUGUUCCAUUUAGGAAAGGUGGAGAUUAUUUCUUUCUUGAAUUUCAAUGGAUGAUCAUUCCAGUUAUAGGCGAAAUUUUGAUCUAUAGACAAUCCAUUCCCAUAGCGGGAAAGAGCAUCUUAAAAUGAGUAAAAUUGCAAAGCUUGGUUGCGAAUUGUUGUAAAAUGAAGAAAAUAUAGUCCUGUGAAGUUCGCAAAUUUUGUAGUAUUUGAAUUACGCGCGGGGAAAAUAAUCAUUUUUGAGCCGAAAGUUGUUAUUUUUACCGCACGCAAUACAAAUAUGUACAAAACGUUCGAACUUUACAGGGCUAUAUUUUCUUCAUUUUACAACAUUUCGCAACCAAUCUUUGCAGUUUUACUAAUUCUAAGACGCUCUUUCUAGCUGUGGUGUUGGAUUUCGUUUUUCUUGCCUUGAUCAAAAUUUAGUCUAGCUGGAAUCGCCCAUUCUCAUAUGUAUCAGUAUAGAUUGUUUCGAUUGAAAUCUUGGGAUUAGUUUGAAACUCGAAUGUCUGAUCAAUUAUAAGUUUGGGCUUCUCUUUCUGCUUUGUAGCCGUGGAACUUAUAACAGAAAUCAAACAUAGAAAAGAAUGGGAUUGUCUGCAUUUGCAUCUUGAUGUUGUCGAAACGGUUGGACAUGGGAACUUUAAAAUCAUUUAUAGGUAACCGUUUACUUUAAAUUGAACUUAUUGAGGAGCUCGAAGUACUAUUUUUAGUAAAACAUGAGCAGCAGUGUCUUAUCAGAUAUAAAGAUACGAUGCAUUAGCCGAGUAUCUUUAGGCCUAAGAAAACACGCACUGCGAAUGUUUUAAGUUGCUUCAAAAACUCAUUAAUAAUUCAGGGAAUAAUUCAUAAGCGUGUCGUGGUUUUAUAUGUGAUAAAAAAUCACGUUAAUUUACAUAAACUUUAGCUUUGAUUUUCUCGGUUUAGACAAAGUUUAUUUUAAAAAUUACUUCGCCAAUGAACUCGUUUAAGAUGAGUCGUUUUUGAAGCACUUGUAGUCGUGUUUUAUCACAUAUAAAACUCUCCGCUACGCGUCGUGUUUUAUAUGUGAUAAAACACUCCUACGCGUGCUUUAAGAUAGUACUUCAAAAACGAUCGAUCUAGUAAGUUCAUUGGCGAGGUAAUUUUCAAAACUCAUACCUUCUGUAAGUCGAGAAAAUCAAAGUUAAAGUUUAUGUAAAUCAAGGGAAAUCUCUAUCACAUAUAAAGAUAAGACACGCGUAUGAUUUUUCUUUGUGUUUAUUUUGCUGUGAUUUUUCCUAAUUAGUAAUGAGUUUUUGAAUUAGUUGUAAAACUGUUCUCCAUCGAGGUCCAGUAUAACUGAGAUCCAGGGAGAAUGUUAGCGUAGUAGAAUGGAGUUAUACUUUGCUUAAAUAAAGCCCCAUACAGAAAGGCAAUUUUUCCGUUACAAGUUUUAUUAUUUUAUUAUUAUAAGCCGUUUUAUCACUGAGUUUUUCAAUUAUUAUAUUCUAUAAUUAUAUAAGAGGACCAGAACGGGUGGCCCCCAAAAGCUACCCUGGGUCAGAGGUUUUCUUUUGGAGGGGGGGAGAAUGGUUGGGGGGGGGUGAUGGAGAGGGUAACAGGAAACCCCUGGUCCACGGUACGCAAAAGUGAAAUUGUGAAAUUUGGAACCCCUUGUUUUAGUAGACAUGGAUGGGGAAAAAUUUUUGUCACCCGUUAUCACAGGCAUAUGUGUAUGAUGUAAUGAGCAAAAAGCUACCGAUUUCUUUAGCCAAAUGAAGAUGCCAGCGUUUUGUAAGAAGAGAGAGUUCUUGGAAGCCAUGAGUCAGAGAGUCAGUGAUAUAGAAAGUGAUUGUUAUCAUAUGUUGGCGUUCCGAAGUACAACGCAUCCCAGCGUGCCGCCUACGAAAGACAUCAUCAGGUUCGUCUAUGAUUUUUGUCGCGGUACGCCAAUGGUUGUUGCCGCGUACUUGCGCUAGAACGCUUUGCUAUUUGAAAAGGGAGUUUUGCUAUUUGAAAAGGGGGUUUUGCUAUUUGAAAAGGGAGUUCUGCUAUUUGAAAAGGGAGUUCUGCUAUUUGAAAAGGGAGUUUGCUAUUUGAAAAGGGAGUUUUGCUAUUUGAAAAGGGAGUUUUGCUAUUUGAAAAGGGAGUUUUGCUAUUUGAAAAGGGAGUUUUGCUAUUUGAAAAGGGAGUUUUGCUAUUUGAAAAGGGAGUUUUGCUACUUGAAAACGGAGUUUUGCUAUUUGAAAAGAGAGUUUUGCUACUUGAAAAAAGAGUUUUGCUAUUUGAAAAGGGAGUUUUGCUAUUUGAAAAGGGAGUGAAUUUGAGAAGGCAAAAAAUCGUGGUUAGUCGCUUAAUGUUUGUUCUAUUCUGACCUUACUCCAGGGCGGAUGACCAACUCUCUGGUAUCAUAAUUCGUCCAGUGGGCGAUGGCAUGACAAGUUCCAAAGUGACCUUCAUAUAUCGCGUCAAAUUCCGCGGUUCAGCUCCUCGGGGAAUGAAGAAGAGUUACCUGGCGAGUCAAUCGGUAGAGAUGGUACGAAGGAUGAAAAAAUAUUACGAGAAGAAAAAAGUCGAAGAAAGGAUCGGUAAAGUAUAAGAUUGUUAGACAUUGGUCUUGUUUCUAUGGGAAUGGUACGGAACCACAAAUAUCUGAUAUUCAGGAUUGCCUCGCGUGAAACUUGAAUAUCUGAAAUUUCACAUGCGAGUAGACAGUUUUUAUCUGUGAGUAUGACAACAGUUCCUGGAUGUGGGAUUUUGAUACCAGUAUGAUUAAAGAGAAUCACAUGUGAUUAAACAUUUUCUGCCAAGAUUGGUUAGUAUAGAGGCAAGAUGUAUAGACUUGUCAACAAGAUGUGUUCGCAACAGGCUUGUAGCGAGCUUGUCAACAAGUUGUAAAAAUGUUGUUAAUUUAUCAAGUUGCUACAAGGUUGUCACUCGCAAUUUGUUGAUAAAUUGUUGAAUUGCAGGACGAUGACAAGUUGUUGAACAACUUGUAAUAAGUCUGUUGAGCUCGACAACCUUGUAGCAAGUUGCCAACAAGGCGUUGACAACUUGUCAACAAGCUGAGAACAAGCAGUGCGAACACAUCCUGUUGGCAAGUUGUUGGAACAGCAUUCCUACAAGUCUGCUGCAGGUUUCUUACAACUUGUGCGUUUUUACGCGUGAACACAUGUAAAAACGCACAAGUUGUUACAGGUCUGCAAACAAGUUGUUACAAAUCUGUUCACAAGCUGUCGACAAGUUGUGUUUGCACUGCUUCUUCCCAGUUGUUGGAACAAGUUUGGAACAAGCUGUUAACAACUUGUAACAAGCUUGAUGGCAUUAUCAGACUUGUUACAAGGUUGCUCUAAGGGGCGGGCCAUUAGAAAGUAAUGUCUCUGUAGGAUUUUUUUUAUGCAUUUAACCUCUGCAAGAAUUUUUUUCAAGACUAUUUGUUGUUUGCUUGCACGAUUUUUUUUCUCUGACGUAAUGGCUGCGCGAAUUUUUUUCCAGGCAUUUUUCUUUGCACGAAUUUUUUUGGGGGAAUUUUCACACCUCCCGGGAUUUCUAAUGGUCCGCCCCUAACAAGUCUGAUACAAUCAUGAUAUAACAAGAAUGUAACAAAGUUGACGACACAAGGUUGUAACAAUAUUGUUAUAUCAUGACUGUAUCGGACUUGUUGGAACAACCUUGCAACAAGUCUGAUAAUAUCAACAAGGUUGUUACAAGUUGUUAACAGCUUGUUCGAAACUUGUCGACAACUUGGGACAAGCAGUGCGAACACAACUUGUUGGCAGAUCUGCUACAAGAUGUGAGAUUUUUCCGUGUGUAGAACAGGACCAUGGGUUCUCAACAGUUUGUGUUAAAACUUGAAACUGUACGGUACCAAGUCGUGCAAUUGCACGUCUUGAUAGGACAUAUCUAGUUUGUAGCUUGUAGAAGGGUAUUGUAUUAUUUCAACUCGUUUUAUUUAAGACCUUAAUAGCGCUAUAUACGUGGACAGUCAUAUGUAAAAAAGCUUAAUUUAAGACCGUUUUUAAACGACCAACAAACGCGAAACCAGUAUCAUUGACACAUUAUUUAGUUUAAUCUUAUUAAAUAGAUUUUUGACAAGAUUUUUAGUUUAAUUUAUAUUGCUUGUUUGUCUGUUUAUCAAUCGAUAUAUUUAUUUACACUCGUUGGCAUAAAUUUGCGAAAAUAAUCAUUGUUAUACAUCAUUCGUCAACCAUCAAUUUAUAUACCAAUGGCACACGUCAAAUUAAAUUGGAUAUACAUUUUAUUUUAAAUAUUAUUUGAUACAAACUGUAUAUUGUUUUUAUUACGUUUCCAAAUUCGGAAGUUGGGCGGGAACUUCGCAGCGAAGUUCGUAAGUUCAUUUCAAAGUUCGAACUUCGAUUGUAAACAAAUGUAAAACUUUCAUCUAUAAAUUUAUUUUAAAAGGCAUUUUUCGUCUUGGGAGACCACUGGACCAAUAUUUUACUGCAGUAAUAUGUGCAUAGGGCCUUAUACAGUAAUUUCAAAUCCAACUAUGAACAUUUCUUUACAAUCAAAGUUCGACUAACUUUGAAAUGAACUUGCGAACUUCCGUUGCGACGUUCACGCCCAACUUCCGAACUUGACAACGUAAUUGGCAAGUUCGCAACGAACUUGGGAACAGCGUGUUGAAAAGUUACCUGAAAUCGACAAUAAGCGCUCUCAAGAUAAGAUUUCCUUGCCUUGACAAGUUUUAUUCGCUCAUGUUUAAGGCAAAAAAUGGACAAUUUUUACUUGCAAAGGAGCCUUGUUUCAAAGCUAGACAUGCGAGCUUUUGGACAAAGAAGAUUUGUUCGUCGUGAGAUGUUUAAAAUUAAGGUUACUUCACACGAUGAACGUGCGUUUUAGUCUAUUGGACAUUGCGCAACGAAUUUUAGGUGUAACUUUACCACAUUUUCAGUGAAGAAAGCCAAGAAAAUGCUGAUUUCGAAAAUCUUCAUUUGAUGGGUGUUCAGUUAAAACAUUUUCAGUAUUGGCUGACUGAAGAAAUAUAUAGGUACCUUCAUAAAAAGAUCAAAAUAUGUUUAUAGUUUACCUCAACGUUUGUCUAGAUAUCGCAAUUCGAAUCUUCAUGGGAACGGUAAAAAAAAACGUGUGUGGAAAAUUUCUCUUCUUUAGUGUUUUUUUCUGAUGUGCCCUGAUUUUUGGAUUUGUCACUGAUAUGCACGAAGUUGUCAAAGAAAACGUCAUAUCAGAAAAACCAUCGAAGAAGAGAAAUUUUCCGCACACUUUUUUUUAACCGCACCCUUGAAGAUUCAAAUCGAGAUAUGUAGACAAACGUUGAGGUAAACUAUAAACAUAUUUUGAUUUUUUAUGGGAUACCUAUAUAUUUCUUUAGUCAGCCAAUACUGAACAUGUUUAAACAGAACACCCAUCAAAUGAAGAUUUUCGAAAUCAGCAUUUUCUUGACUUUCUUCACUAAAAAUUCGGUAAAGCUACAUCUAAAAUUCGUUGCGCCAUGUUCAAUAGACUAAAACGCACGUUCAUCAUGUGAAGUAACCUUAAAGUGCCCAUGACACGAAAUUUCACCCCAAAGGUUUAUGGUUGCAUUGUAAAGAUCAUUUAAUUAAAAUGACUUAAUAAUUUCGUUUAUAGAAUUUUGGUAACUUGCUCACUUUUCAGGAUAUUCAACUUUGUUUCAUAUGCAAAUAUCGCCGGUGUGACAUCACAUCACAUAAUGAGUUUUCAGAAAAGUAUAGUUUCUUGACAAAUACGUAUCUAAAAAACUUAAAAAUUGCCCUUGUAUAUGUAUUAAUUUCAUAACUGGUAAUUAACCCUCUGUAUUUGUUUGUAAAAAUAUUUUAUAAAGGUAAAAUAUUGCGUUAUCAAAAUGUCAUUAUGCGAUGUGAUAUGUCACACCGGUGAUAUUCGCAUAUGGAACAAAGUUGAAUAUCUUACAAAGGAAGCAUGUUACCAAAAUUCUACAAAAGAAAUUAUUAAGUCAUUUUAAGUGAUCUUUACAAUGCAAUCAUAAACAUUUGGGGUGAAAUUUCGUGUCAUAGGCACUUGAACAACAUUCCCUGCAUGCACAAGAACAACACAACUUCUCAAGGAAAACUUGCUGACUGUACACACGAGAAGAUAAACUUGUCAAAGAAGAGUUGCUAGUCGUCUGUAGGGGCUCAUGUCUCGUUGUUACUCAAGCUACAGCGCCGGCCACGGUGCCAUAAGGAUGGGCAAAUUUCUGGUUCACCAAAAGCUGUAAUAAAGCACACGUGUCUUUCUUAAACUUUUCCAAAGGGUUUCCAAACUCGUCUUCGGAAGAACCGUCCGAGGAGACUUCGCUUUGGUUGUCACUCGAAGUCGAAGAGAGGCCCUCUGGUUUGGUCUUAGAACUGCAGCUGAGAUUCUUGUCGUCUAGGAAUCCAAUGUUUUGGUUUAAAGACAUGACGGUAAGGUCGCUACAAUACAGUCGUAGUUCUCUGUUUAACGUCGCGAACACACGUAACCAGCC